GAGAUCCGCCGUGCCGUCACGUCUGUCGCAAUCCGAAUUAAAAAGGACAAUCUGUAUCAAGUGUUAAUAAAAUUUAUUGAUUAUCAAACAAAGUGGUGAGCGCCUCCUUCCCGCCGACUCCUUGACCGAUCCAUCAAAACGACCCGCACAACAUUUCUGGUGGCAGCGGUGGGAUCGUUUCGCAGCUACACCCAGUCAUCUGGAAGAAACAAACGAUCGGAAUUCAAGGAAAAGGCCGGAAAAGAAGUCGACAUCCCUGUGGCGAGAAAGAGCCGGUAGAGCCACAACGCAGAGCAUAUCAGUGACACCGGAGAAGCCACGACCUACCGCAACAGCCAGCACCAUGUCACAAACAUGCGAAUUGCGAGCGUAAUGAUGCUCCUUAUGUGGAGAAGAGCAGGACAAGCGACACCUGACUCUCGGCAUACUCUUGACUGGAAAUUGUUCUCACACCAGCCAGGAAUCUACUAUGAGGAAAUCGGCCAGCUGAGACAGGCUGAAUCGGCAUGGAGAUUAGUGAUAAAACUGAGCGCAAAAGAAUUAGAGAUCAGACACCAACAAUUGCAAGACUAUAUGGAGGAAACCGCAAUACAGUGUCGAAAGAAUAGGCAACGCCCAGUUAGGUUGCCGAAACAUUAUGAGGAUAAUAGAAAGAAAAAACACCAAACUGAUCACGCUGUUGACACAAGUAGAAACGCUAUACAAAACGACUGACAAACGACGAGAACUGCUAGAUCGCGGUCGGGUCGGUCAAAUAUUAUUCGGUCAGCAAAAUAUUAUUCGGAACGAUGGACGCCGACGAUCAGAAACUAAUAGACGAGCAACUGCAAACGUUACGAACAAACGGCAAGGUACUGCAGCACGCAGUAGCAAAUCAAAUAAAAGUAAUCAACGCCACAAUAGCGCACUUGGAUGAAUUAGAAAAUACUCUAAAUUAUAAUGAAAAUCUGAUAAUGAGUGCGACAAAACGAUUAGAACAACGGUUGACCGAGUCCACACUACAGGCAGACGUAGACGAACACUUACUAAUCCUGACAACGAUAAUGAACGAUUUAACGAAGGACACGGAAAAUGUAAUAGACUAUCUGACAUACGGGAAAAACGGAAUGAUACCGACAUGACUACUACCCAUCAAACAUAUAAUAACAGCCCUCAAAGAAGCGGCUACACAAUUAACCAUAGGAUUACACUUUCCUUUUAAAAUCCAGAUUGAGCACUGGCAGACCAUACACACAUACAUCACUUUUAGCGCGUAUUCAGAUGGUCCAUACAUAUACACAAUCUUGCGAUUUCCGGUAGUAGCAUACCCUACAUUUAAACUAGUUAAAGCAAUACCGUUACCAGUACACGAUCAUGCGAAUGUAUUCGCCUACAUAAAAAUAAACCAUCCCUUGCUAGCUAUAGAUAAAGAGAAUCACCACUACAAAUUACUAGAGGAAGUAGAGUUAGAAUGCUGCAUACGAGAAACAAACACAUACACAUGCGAACAGAACUUCGCGACAUAUUAUGCGGAAACGACAGCACCAUGCGAGGUGCAAAUAUAUACACAUACACCGGAACAGCUCAAUUACUGCGAAAAGAACCAUAUGAUAUCUAACACACCGUUGUGGAUAGCAUUGACGGAGGAGCAAGCGGCUCUACUCCACGGCACACAAGCAAGAAAUUAGCAUUAAGUGCGAAAAACAAAUAGAAGAGCAAAUUAUAUUAGAAGAAACCGGAAAAAUAAAACUAAAAGAUAAUUGCAAACUAAUCACACCAAACGUAAUAUUAAAAGCAC